UCGGCGGCUUAUAGCGGGACUGCGAAGGGCAUUCUGACACUGGGGGAAACUGAUUUGGUGUCACUGACAUCCCUAGUGACACCAAUACAGUGAUCAGUGCUAUUAAAAAGCACGGACACUGUACUAAUGGCACUGGGCAGGAAGGAGGUUAACAUGUGGGGUGAUCAAAGGGUUAACUGUGUGCUGUGUGCUGUUUGUAGCUCGGGGUUACCGCUCUUGGUACUGAAAUGUUACCCUGAGCUACACUCGGGAAUACCGCUAAGGAGGUUAAAGUCCAACAAAGCAGUGUGCAGGAGUUGACAGGGGAGAGAGCUGUAAUGUUUACAUACAGUUCUCUCCCCCCGUUUGUAAUGCUCAAUGAU